AGUAGCACUACCGGUGGCUGCUGCUCCAGGGUGACUGGCACACCUCAUAAAAGAAAGAAAGAAAGAAAGAAAGAAAAUAAGAAAGAAAGAAAGACAGAAAACAAACCAAGAACUCUUGAUUCUGAUUCCUUCGUUACCUUGCUAAUUAGUGUGCCUUUUCUUUUUGCCUUUUUUUUUUGCAUUUCCAGUGAAGAGGCCCCUUGGUGUGAAAAAAAAAGAACGAGAAAAUGAUCAUCCAGCUUUGCAGCGUUUUUCUUUCCCUGACCCUGGCCAGCAGUGUGUACAGUGAGACCAACAGCCCUGCUUCUCCACCAGCCUACACAGCAGAGACUGAACUUGGUGAUCAGAACCGGGUGCUUGCCAGCCAUGGCUCCAACGUCACUCUACCAUGCCGGCUCCACCGCCAGCAUGGGAUAUCCUUCGGCAGCGUGGGCAUGAGAAUCAAAUGGACCAAGCUGUCUGCGGACGAGUCUCUGGAGGAGGAUAUCUUGGUGUCCAUGGGAUUCCACAAAAAGAGCUACGGCAGCUUCCAGGGCCGCGUCCACCUGCUGGAGGCCAACGAUGACGACGCCUCACUGGUCCUCAGCGAUGUGUCCCUAGACGACAUGGGAAAGUUCCGUUGUGAGGUCAUUGAUGGCAUUGAUGAUGUCAUCCAUGAGGUUACCUUGGAGGUGCUAGGUAGUGUAGGCUACAGCGAUGGUGUGGUGUUCCCUUACUCCCCACGGCUGGGCCGAUACAACCUCAACUUCCACGAUGCCGAGCAGGCUUGCCUGGACCAGGACUCUGUGGUGGCCUCCUUCGACCAGCUCUAUAAGGCCUGGAGGAGUGGCAUGGACUGGUGCAAUGCUGGCUGGCUGAACGACGGGUCCGUGCAGUACCCCAUCACCAAACCCAGAGGGCCCUGUGGAGGUGCCAAUGCCGGGGCGGGCCUGAGGAACUACGGCCAGCGUGAAAAGUCCAAGAGCCACUACGAUGUCUUCUGCUUCACCUCUGGCCUCAAGGGUCGUUUCUACUGGCUGGUGCAACCUGACAAGCUGACGUUCGCAGAGGCUGUUCAGGCAUGCCAGGAUGACGGGGCUGAGAUCGCCAAUGUGGCCCAGAUGUACGCUGCCUGGAAGCUGAACAGUUAUGACCGCUGCGACUCUGGCUGGCUGGCUGACGGCAGCGUCCGCUACCCCAUCUCCAGACCCCGCAGGAACUGCAGCCCGACAGAGGCGGCCGUGCGCUUCGUGGGAUUCCCCGACAAGAAGCAAAAGCUCUUUGGUGUCUACUGCUUCAAGGGCCAGCAGUGAAGAGGGAAUGCCAGGACUUAGCCCUGAGCACAAAAUCAACAUAACCACCAAAGAAAAACAACAACGACAACAACAACAACAAUUACACCAAUGCAUGCCGGGAAUUAAUUUGCAUGAACUAGCAUGAGCUCAUUACCUUACCAAAACUGUGAUAACCUUUUUUUUUUAUUCUUACCAACCAUGAUUAUUGUAAAAACUCAUUUUCAUACUGCAAUUAUCAAAAUGUAUUUUGUAAGCUGAAACAAGAGAUAUUCCUUAACAUUUUCAGUCAUGUAAUAUGUUGGUCAUAUAAUAACACAGCACUAUGGUUGAAAUUGUGACAGAGACAAGGACUGGAUGAGUUACAUCAUCCUCGUUUGUUUUGUCCUCCACAGAUUGAGUGUGUGAAGAAAUAAUUAUUCGAGUGUUUAUGCUCCAUUUGACGAGGGAAUGGUUUUUAAGUUUUAAAAAAUUGUCUGUGACAAAAUGCAUCACGUCUAACUAACAUGCAUAUCAAGCAAUUUAUGGGCUAAAUGGCAUUAACAUAAUAACCACUGUUUGACUAUGGCAGUUCUGUUUUCAGUAACACUUGCACAGUAAUGCUACAACAAACUACGACAGACAAAUAACAACAACAACAACAAAAUCACGUUUUAAUCCCCAUUUCAAGUGAAUCUCCAUCUGACAUUUCACAAAGCACAUUCAAGUUAGCUAGCUAACUUUCCUGUAUGUCCUGAAACGGUGAACUACACCCAUAGAAAAAAGGGUUCCAAAAGGGUUAUUUGGCUGUCCCCAUAGGAGAACCCUUUUUGGUUCCAGGUAGAACCCUU